AUGGGAUUCUUAUUGUCGACACAGAUAAUUUUGCCGCACGCAACCUCAAACUGGCUGGAUAUAAUAGUAAUCCCCCUCGAAGACAGUUCGUUGACGCAGUUUCAGGUGUUCCCGGUCGAACUGACCCGUCUCACAAGAGAAGCGUUGAAAGACACCGGUCUUACUCAACGCGAGAUCGAUCGAUGCAAGAACUUCUACGCGCUUGGGAUGGUGUGUUGGAUGUAUAACCGCCCGAUGGACUAUGCGUUUCAAUGGCUCAAAGAAAAGUUCGCCGCAAAACCGCAAUACAUUGAAGCCAAUACCCUCGCCUUAAAAGCUGGAAAUAUUUAUUGCGAAGUUACGGAGCAGUUUGCGACCUCUUAUGAAAUCAAGCCCGCCAAAUUUGCACCGGGGAAAUAUCGUAAUAUCGAAGGGAAUAUGGCGACAGCGAUGGGGUUAGUUGCCGCAUCUCAAAAAUCUGGAUUACAGUUGGUUUACGGUAGCUAUCCUAUUACGCCCGCAAGCACCAUUCUCCAUGAAUUGGCAAGAUAUAGGAACUUCGGAGUCAAAACGAUGCAGAUGGAAGACGAGAUUGCAGCGGUGGGCGUUGCGAUUGGUGCAGCGUUUAGUGGAGCGUUAGGUGCUACUGGCAGUAGCGGUCCUGGCAUUGCUCUCAAAGCGGAAGCCAUCAACCUUGCCAUGAUUGCAGAGCUGCCAAUAGUUGUCUGCAAUAUUCAGAGAGCCGGACCCUCGACAGGAAUGCCGACAAAGACCGAACAGGCGGAUCUCCUGCAAAUGUUUUAUGGUCGAAAUGGUGAGUCGCCGCUCCCUGUGAUUGCCGCUUCGCGUCCAUCCGAUUGUUUUGAAACUGUUUAUGAAGCCUGCCGAAUUGCUAUCAAAUACAUGACACCGGUGAUUUUCAUGUCCGAUCUGUAUAUUGCCUCCGGGGCCGAACCUUGGCUCAUUCCGAAGGUAUCGGAUCUGCAGGCGAUUGAUGUCGGUUUUCCGACCGACACCAAUGGGUUUGAACCCUACCUGCGCGAGGAAACAACACUAGCACGUCCUUGGGCAAUACCGGGUACCCCCGGCCUAGAACAUCGCAUUGGUGGUCUGGAAAAAGCAGACAUCUCCGGAAAUGUCAGUUAUGACCCGGAAAACCAUGAACACAUGGUUCACCUUAGAGCAGAAAAGGUCGCGCGCAUCGCAAAUGACAUCCCAGCCACAGAAGUAUUUGGUGAACCAAGUGGUGAGCUUCUUACGCUGAGUUGGGGUGGAACCUACGGUGCGGUUAGGACAGCCGUUGAACAUAAACAAGCAGAAAGCAAAUCGGUCUCGCAUGUACACCUACGAUAUCUCAACCCCCUUCCAAAAGAGCUCGGUGACAUUAUGAAAAAUUUCAAAAAGACCUCCAUCGCAAUACCGGGUGCUGUUCCGACGCUGACUAAGAAAGAUUUUACCUCUGAUCAGGAUGUUCGCUGGUGCCCAGGGUGUGGGGAUUACUCAAUUCUUGCGCAAACCCAACGGAUUUUGCCGGACCUAGGCAUCCCCAAGGAAGAUUUCGUUUUUAUCUCCGGGAUUGGCUGCUCAAGCCGUUUCCCAUAUUAUAUGAAUACUUACGGCUUCCAUACCAUUCAUGGUCGUGCACCAACCAUUGCGUCAGGCGUAAAAGCCGCUAACCCCGACCUAUCAGUUUGGGUGAUCACCGGUGAUGGCGAUGCGUUGUCAAUCGGAGGCAACCACUUCAUUCACUUGAUGCGCCGUAAUCUUGACAUUAAUGUGUUGCUCUUCAACAACCGUAUCUAUGGACUGACGAAAGGACAAUAUUCCCCGACUUCCGAGCAAGGCAAAAAAACUUACUCAACGCCGAUGGGCUCGAUCGACAAUCCCUUCAAUCCGAUCAGUUUGGCACUUGCUUCUGGAGCGACCUUUGUUGCCCGUUCUCUUGAUAGGGACCCCGAGCAUCUGCGAAAUGUCAUCAAGGCAGCUUUUGAACACAAAGGCACUUCGUUCGUCGAGAUCUACCAGAACUGUAACGUAUACAAUGACGGCACAUUCUUUACGUAUACCGAAAAGGAAACGAAAGCUGAGAAUACGGUGUUUUUAGAACAUGGUGAACCACUAGUCUUUGGGAAGGACAGUACCAAGGCUAUCUGCUUAAACGGGUUUAAACCGGAGGUUGUUUCCUUGACCGACGGUGCACACACCACCCAAGACCUGAUUACCCAUGAUCAGUUUGCCGAAGAUCGAACAUUGGCGUACUUCCUCAGCCGUAUGACUGAAGUUCCAGGCUUCCCCCAUCCAAUCGGUAUCUUUCGUAGCGUUGAGCACCCUUGUUACGAAAGUAUGCUGGCAGAACAGAUCAGCACUGCUAAAGAGCGGAUGGGCGAAGGCGAUCUAGAUGCCCUACUCAAUGAAGGCGAUACGUGGGUUAUUGAGUGA